UAUCGUUAUUACCAGCGGGUUAUAUAUUUACACCUUAUGUGCGAUUUCUAUGCAGUACAUCCCUAAUUUUUUUAGUUAAAUUUUAGCGUACGGCCACGUCAUAAGAAAGUGACCCGUGAUUUCCGUGUCGUGGACUCACAGUUUUACUCACGCAAGGGAAUUAAUAUAUAAGAUGGCUUCUCGAGUGCUGCAGAAACUGCUGAACAACCAUGGACAAACAAUACUUUCACUUGUGUCGGUAAACGAACCAGCGCUGUGUAAUGUUUUUCAGACAAGGGGCCUCAAAAAUAAACUGCUUUUUAAGAAGAGUAAAAAAAGAAAAAUGAAAGUGCGAGAUGGAAAGGAAUACACUGUUGAUCAUCUGUACUGGGAUCGUUAUUUUCAAGAAAAUCCUGAAAUAUUGAGGGAACGAGAAGCAAUGAAUUUGAAAAGUACAAAAACAGCUGGAAAAAGGCCGCUUUCACCGAAAAAAAUAUUUGAUACACUAACUACAAGUGAUAGAAGACUGGCUUAUGCUGCUGUUUUUUUUCUGGUUAGUGGAUUCAUAGCAAUGAAAGUUACGUUUUCAUAAUACCAUGUGUGUGAUCACAAAUGAAAUUGGAUGGUUCAUUACCAUAACAGCAGGAAAGAUAUGGUUAUCAUUUUCGAAAGAUAACAAGAAGUGCAUCGAGUACAGAUGAUAUGAACUGUAUAGUUUUGCAAAGUAGAUGUUUUAUUGUCAUUAAUUAAUUUACUUUUAUAUGAAGUUAUUUACCAUAGUGCACAUCAAUAAAUUGAGGAUUGAAAGAUGAUGUAAUACCUAAUUUUAUGUGUUAUAAUCCUACUUGAUUAGACUGGGUUUCCACUGUUAGUUGACUGUAUUGUAAAUACAAAGAAAAUGAAAACAUAUCUCAAGCAUAUAGUAAAUAAUACGGGAGACUCUAAUUUAUAUUUUCAGUUAAUACACACUUGCGUCACAGUGAAAAUGCAUGGACUGUUCCAAACCAAAUUUUGAAACUUUAUGUUGUGAAAGUAAUCUCUACUUUAUGAAAGAAUCUUCAGUAAGAUAAAGUGUUUCCAAGUUACGACAAUUCUCAAAAUUAGAAAACUUUAAAUUAUAAAAAGUUGCAAAUUAAUUAAAAAAGCAGCAACAGUUUGACGACUGUCAAGUUAUCAUCAGGAAAACUAUUCUGCGUGAUUUUUACUUGUUUUUAGAGUUUGCAUUUCUCAUAUUGUGAAUGUAGAAGCUUGAUUAUAUAAAUCAUAUAAAUUUUACUCCUUUGAUAUUUGACUUUCAAAUACAAUACACUAAGUUCAAAGGUUAUGAACCUAUCCCUAUAUGGGCUUUUGAACGUUACAUUGCCGUAUAAAAACUGAUCAAUUGUUGAUUUACUGACUGCACCUGAUGUUCUUGUAUCUCAACACAAUCGGUUUGUUCAUUUAGUAAAUAUUAAAGAUGGUUAUGAUGACUGCUUAAAGUGUAUUAAUGAUGGAUAAACAAAAUUGUAAUGUGUUAUAACAUGAAUACGCUUUUGUAUGAUUUUUCACUUGGUGGUUUCUAAAAAUCCGAAUCUAACAAGAUUACUAUGUAGAUGAGUGGUUCCAGCACUACCGUUUCCAAAAAGUUAUGUCAAGACAGAAUCGAUCAGUUCGUAAUAGACCAACAAGUAACCAGACAUCACAGUUUUCUUUUUCUGAACCUGUUUGGAGGGAUGUUAAUGUGAUUAACUUUUGCAAGAAUAAUCAUGUCAUGUAUAUAAUGAGAGGCAUACCUGGAUCUGGAAAGUCCACGUUAGCUCAAAGCAUAAAAGAACAAUAUCCUGCGGGAAAGGCAGUUAUCUGUUGUGCUGAUGACUUCAGAUAUAAUGAGUCUGGACAGUAUGUAUGGAGUCAAGACACACUUCGUGAAUCUCACAGUUUAUGUGAAAAUAAAGCUGAUGUAAAUUGUCGAAACGGAACUAAUGUUAUCAUUAUAGACAAUACCAACAUAAGGAAGCGUGACAUGAUGAAAUAUUUCCAAAUGGCUCACAGCUACGCCUACAUAGUAACUGUUGUUGCAACCACUGAACGACGGCUCCAUGUACUGGCUAAUCGAAAUCAACAUAAUGUCCCCAGACAUCAGAUUGCGAAAAUGAUCAAUGAAUUUGAAAAUAUCAUCGCUUAUUAUUACGCAUGGAAAAUCGGUAGAAAAGAAACCAGUGACAUCAAGAAGAUGGUCAAACGAAUUUUAAGAAGUUGCCUUAACGCACCUAUGUUUCAACAGUUUCUUGGAAAUGGGAGAUAUGUUCAAAUUAACCAGAUUUACUCUACGUAUCAUUCAAAAACGUUUUCUUCGAAUGCAGACACGUCUCAUGUGACCACGUGUUAUACGAACGAAGGAAUAAUACCAAACGCACAGGUUUAUGCGUUUUCACACACAGUGAUGAAGUCGCUAGGGUGUGUUCAUCAGCUUAAUAUCAUUGGUUUGUGCGUUACAUCAAAAUGUUUGUUGGCUAGGGUGUUGCUGACGGAAGAACAGAAAAGGUAUUGGGGUCGAGAUGAUUCAAUGGAUGAAGAUAAAAAUGCUUUGUGUGUCGAACUAAAAGAUGACGUCGGUUUGAUUGGUGCUUUUCAAAGGUUGGGCGUCGGCCAUGUCGCGGAGAAAAUCUCAGGGUUUAUCCAAAACAUGGACGGGUGCUUUCUUUUGCCGAAUUUCGGUAUCGGUUGUACUGCUCAUAUUACUAUUGGUGUUACUGGUAACACAAAGCCAGUGGUCGCUAAAAACGACCUAAAACAGAUUGUUUUGUUAGAGCUCAAUGAAAAACCAAGAGCGGAAUGGAAACUAAAAACUUGUCUAUUGCGUUGUUAUGGUGAUGAUAUUUGGGUGGUGUAUUUUAAGAAACCUUUCAUUGUUGCAGGAAUGUUUACAGGCGUGUUUUGUCAACGCUGAAAGAUGGUAUGUUUAUAUAUCUUUUCUGCUUAAAAAACUGUGACAGUUUAUUUCCUGUAGGAACCGAGAAUUAGUUUUGCAUUGUAAGCUGAUUGUAACUGAAGCUUACAAGACUUGCGUCACACUUUUCAGUUAGAUAACAAGCUAAACUCUUAUACGCCCAGAAUCACUACAAUACUCAGUGGUUCGGGAUUUCUCGUAUUAAUAUGUAAGUUCUCACGAUACAACUGAAAAAUGGGGUUUACCAACAAACCGGGUGAAAUUGCUAGCGGUUAUUAAGAAACGUGUUCUACUGUAAGAAUUUUUUUCCUGAAAUUUUGCUCAAAAUUAGCUCGGGUAUGAACUGAUUCGAAGUAUUUUAACAAAAAUAUUUAACUUAAAGCACAAAAUACGAAGUGCUUCCUGUUGGCGAAGCUUUUAAGAGAUUGCAGAGUAGAAAGCGGUGUGUGGUUGUUUUAAAAUUUUAACUGUAUAUUUUUGCAAAUUUUUUUGUCAUUUUUGUCACUAAUAUCUGGUUUAAAUUUGAGGAAAAAUGUCAGCGUCAGAAAAUGACGAUGCUGAACGAGUAAAUCCAUUUAAGUUUUCCUUGACUACGCAUUUUUAUAAUAUUUGCUGUGGAGAUAAAAUCAUUUUCAUCUUUAGUUUUGUGUACUAUGAAGAUUUAAUAUCGUUUUGAUAUUUCGUUUUAUGUGCUAUGGAGAUUAAAUAUCAUUUUCAUGUUUCGUUUUGUGUAUUAUGGAGAUAAAAUAUCGUUUUGAUAUUUCGUUUUUUGUGCUAUGGAGAUAAAAUAUCGUUUUUAGAUUUCGUUUUAUGUAUUAUGGAGAUAAAGUAUCAUUUUCAUGCUUCGUUUUAUUAUGCUAUAAUAGUCUAUAUGCACAAAAAAAAUUUGCAUAUAAUUGAUUUUCUGAAGUACACGAUUUUAAAUGGUUUCAUAAACUUGUUUGUUUGAGUACGUCUCUUAAAAUUUUAAAAAUAUUCAGUUUUUACAAUAACAAGAAAAGUUUAGCAGUUUUAUGAGAUUUAAAUAUUUCGUUCAUUUUAAUUUAUUUAUUUUACAAAAUGUCAUUUUAAUAGUAAGCGCAUCUCGUUGCUGAUAUUUCUUGAUAAAUUUCACCUGUUAUUUUAUCUCCAAGUUCGAUGUCCACUUUGUAAGACCAAUGUAGAAAAAGUCUACCAGAAUUACCGAUUGUUCUACAAAUUUAAUUUAUAAACCGAAAGUUUUUUUGGAUUGAAUAGCUAACUGGCAUCGUAUUAUGGCGGUAAUUUAUUUUGAUGCAAGCUGGUUUUACAAAAUUUCAGACUUGGAAAUUUUUUGUAUUAAUUGUUUUGCGUGUAUAUACUGUGUAAAAAGUAGAUUUAGAUAUUUUAGUAUUAGAUAAAAUUAUUUUAUGGAUGUAUAUCGACGGAUAUAGUAAAAAGAUGUGAUAAUAAUUAA